AUGGGAACCAGAAACAGCUUCUUUCUUAUCUCUGCAAUCUUAGCCGUCCACGUGGCGUUUUCGUCAUCCAUUACCCUUGAUUUCACCGACAACCAUCUCGGCAACUUCUUCCUCCCGAUGAACACCGGCUGCCGUGGAUCCAUCGCCGAAUGUAGCCUUGAAGAUACCGAGUUUCUGAUGGACUCUGAAAGCAAUAGGCGCAUUUUAGCAGGAACAAAGUACAUAAGCUAUGGUGCGCUGAGGAGGAACACUGUCCCUUGCUCACGACGCGGUGCUUCUUAUUACAAUUGUCGACCUGGUGCUCAGGCGAAUCCCUACCACCGUGGUUGCAGUGCCAUCACUCGAUGCAGGCGUUGA